AUGGCCAUGAGUUCGUAUAUGGUGAACUCGAAGUACGUGGACCCCAAAUUCCCCCCUUGCGAGGAGUAUUUGCAGAACAACUACCUAGCCGAGCAAGGCUCGGAUUACUACGGCGCCUCGCAAGACUCGGAUUUCCAGCACCAGGGACUCUAUGCGCGGCCGAACUACAGCGGGCAGCAGUCCUACAGCUGCAGCAAUGCCCAAGGCUCGGCUGUGCAAGCGCGGGGUCACGGGCAGGAGCAAUCCGGCCUGACGGGCCCUUUUCCCGGGCAAGGGGAGCACUGCCCCCCGCCCCCCGUGCCUGCCCCCAGGACUUGCAGCCAGCACCCAAAUCUCAAAAGCCCCAACGGGUCACCCGUAGCAGCAGCAGCAGCAGCAGCCGCCGCCAAGCAGCCAGCCGUGGUGUAUCCCUGGAUGAAGAAAGUCCACGUUAACUCUGUAAAUCCAAACUACACAGGAGGAGAACCAAAGCGCUCUCGCACAGCUUAUACCAGGCAGCAAGUCCUUGAACUGGAAAAGGAAUUUCACUUCAACCGGUACUUGACCAGGCGCCGCCGAAUUGAAAUCGCCCAUACCUUGUGUCUUUCCGAGCGGCAAAUUAAGAUCUGGUUUCAGAACCGAAGGAUGAAGUGGAAAAAAGAUCACAAACUUCCCAAUACCAAAGGCCGCACAUCCAGUUCGUCCUCUGCCUCCAGCCAACACUUACAAACUGUUUCCAAGGAACACCAAACGGAUUUGACCACUUUAUAGGAAACUUGGAAACAAGCCCCCUCUUUUUUUUUUCCCCCAGUUUUUUUUUUUUCCCUUUGGAAUUAGGCUGCCCAGAAUGCAGGCAGUCAAAUACAAGCACAUAGUGACACCGAGACUCAUCCUUGGUGAAAGGGAAAGCAAGGUGUAACACUGGACAACUUUCCAAUGGGUCGCCUCCUGUUUUCUAAGACAGUGGAGACAAAUGUUACUGGGACCACAGGAGUGACGGGAAGUCAACCUAAACAUUCAGACAAACAAAUUCUGCUUCCAGGUGGUGAGAAAGUGAUAUACUGUAUAUCUGUCUGUCUAUAUAUAUAUGUAUAUAUAUGGAAAACAUAAAUGAAUCAAAUUAAUAUUUUUAAAUGAAAUUCCCCUGGCAGCACACAGUCAGGCGCUAUUGCAGACAAACCAUCUGGGAUUGCCCUUAUAAUCUACCAGGAAGGGGUUUUUGGCUGUUUUUGAGAUUAGCUGUUUUUGCUUGGUUUUCAUCAUUCCAAGUUGUAGAGCAGAGCAAAUCCAAAACUGACUUUUUGUCUUGAAAACAGGCAAAUAUUAUCUUUCCAUUUCUUUGAGUACUUUCCAAUAAACAACCUUGAAUGAAAAGCUUACCCAAUUCCUCCACCUUUUCAGGAAGAUCUUUAAACAAUGAAGUGAAACGGGUUAUUUUUAUGUGUUGGUGGUAUUGUUAUUAGCCUGUGUAUUUAUUUGUUAGUUAGAAAAAGGGGAAAAAAAGAAUCAAACCAAAAAUAUCAGCAGACAUUAAAAACAAAUCUUACUCUCCCUCCCGCCCCCCUUGGAUUUUGUUUUUGAAAAACAGAUUUCCUUUGCUGCUUUCCUUUCAGGUGUUUCUAUACAUAGGAAAUCUUUUUCCAGUUUUUUUUCCCCCAAAUGAGAUUAGAAAGAACUGGGAUCUUUUAAAAUUUGAAAUGGACUAAGGGGUCCCUUUUGUUCAUGGCUUGUACUUUAAUCCAGAAGAGGAGGAGGAGGAGGAGGAGGAGAGGAGAGGAGGAGGGAGAAAGUGGAUUAAAUCAACCACAAAAGCCAAGCCUCUCCCCCACCAGUGUAGUAAAUAUUCCACGUGAUUCGUGACCCUCAAAUUUAUUUUAUGUUCAUCCUAGAUUACUAUUUUUUUACUAGCCUCUUUUGAUUUAAUUUAUUGUGUUGGCAUUAAAAAAAACCGAAAGGACAAAACAGAGAAAGGGUAGAUUCUAUGGUUUGGAUGGAAAGGUUAGUGCUUUCUUUUGAUUCAGAUAUAGAUACAAGAACUUGGAUAUAUUUUAAACAGAUUUUCAACAUAAAGGCAGCUCUUACUGAGAGAAGAACAAGUGGCGAUAAACUUUGGCAGAAAUUCAUGUCUUUUGCACAGAUGAGUAAGAUUUUUGUAUUCUUUGUGGGUUUUUUUCUUCUUUGAAAAAAAUUAGGUUUUGCCAAAAUAAUUUAAGUUUACGUCCUGAUGACAUAAAGGAGGGUUUUUUCCCCCCUCUUAAAAUCGUUUAUUCUUUCCAACCUUAUCUUGUGACAGGAACAAAGCAAAUGUGUCCCUUCUGCCCAUUUUCCGUUGGAAAAGUAGCGGGUUCAAGUAUUAAACUCACAGAGUCCCUUUACAUUUACAAUUUGUGCUUAAGCAUGUUUAUUUCCAAGUAAAUUCACUAGGUUUAUUGGAAUAUGCAAUCUCAAAUUCUAUCGAUGGAAAAGUUUUGAACUCAGGAACCUCACAUUAACAUACAGGCAUCUCAGUUUCUUCCUUUCUUUUUUUCAGGCAGAUUUCUAGGCAUAUUCCUUGAUUUAAAGGAAAACAAUAAAAGUAAUAAUAGAGAAAGGGAAAGAAAAGGACAUUUCCCCCCCUAAAUAAUGGACAUCUCAGAGACCCAAACUUAAUGUUAGUGGAUCUUAAUAAACCUGGUAGUCAAAUUAUAAAGCUUGCGAAUAGGAAAAAUUUAGGAUUAAUCUCCUCGAAGGCUCUUCUUUUCUUUCCCUCUUGGUGCCAGAGCUCUUUCUUUGUCUCCUUUUGAGCUGAAUCUUCUCUUGGUCUCAGGCUCAGCCUCCAGCGCUGGCUCGUUCCGGUUUUUCCCUUGAAUAUGUGCCCGUCAUGAUAUUAAAGAUGGAUAUUUGGGCAUUAUUUGUGCCAUUGUCUCUAUGACAAAAAGCACCCCCGUCCAUUCAGGGGGAAGAGGACGCCUCCACGUUGAGAGGCUCAAAAGGUAUUUCUUUGCUCUCGGUCCCCUUUUCUUUCUUCCUUUUUGUUUUUACUGAAGUUCAGCUCAACUGUAGAAACAGGUUCAUCCAGAGGACAAAUUUUCUAUGCGAUUAGCCGUAUUGCAGCCUGGAGGAAUGACCUCUAAACCCUUAACCUCUUGGACCGGGGGAGUCCCCCUUUUCGGCUGCCCAGCAAAGCGCAAGACUGCUUCAACCCCACUUAAAGUCUAAAUUCUGAGAUUCUUUUUUUUUAAAAAAAGCACCCACCUAACGGCUGGGUUGGGUUGUCUCUGGGUCUUUUUCAAAAUUGGCCUCCCGCAAUUGUUUGAAUCUGGAGGAAGGGAGAGUUUGCAUUGGGCCUGGUUUGAAGCACUACCGUAGCCCUGUUCUGGCCCGAGCAGGAAACCGACAGCCUCAGUUCUUUGGCAGCCUCAACCUUUGCCUACUUACUAGCAGGCAAGUUCCCGCUGCCUUCAGCAACCUAAGUCUUUCAGUCUGGCUUCUUCUGAAGUCUUUAUUCUAAUGGGUCAUUUCCCUAGUAAGAGAUUUCAAUACGAUUGCUUGGAGGAAAAUCUGAGAAAGGCGAGAACAAGGGAAAUUUCUUUGGUGGUUUUGGGCACAAACUGUUUCUCUUCUAAACAACUUAAGGGAGGGGGGGAAUUGUAGUCCUGCCACUUUGGUAAAGCUAGAUUUUUGUUAACUUAAUCCUUUUUAGGACCACAGAUCCAAAGCCUAAUGCUAUCAUAUUUGUUCAGAAAUAAACUCCAGGGAUUGGGGCACAGCAAAGGCCAGUUAGCCGCAAACUCUGCUUUACUAACAGGAUGAGGGAGAGGAAGGCUGUAAAAUUAAACACCCUAGGAAAGCUACAAUCCCUCUCCGCUGCUCCCCCCCUUCCCCACCCACAAUGGCACCUAUUUCCCAGUAAACAUGUUCUGAAGAGAACUGCUGUUGGGACAAAUUUUACUCCACUAUAUAGCUCAUCCCUCCUCAAACCCAUGAAUUGAAGAGGAUGCAGAAGGUGUAAAGAAAACAGAACUGGCCCAAGUCCUUUGUAAUGUUAAUGUCUUCUUGACAAAUGUUUAGUUCAAACUAAAGUUGACUUGAGAGAGUGCAUUUGAGUGCAGGGGAAUCCUCUUUGAGCUUUUUUUUUUUUUUUAAAGUCUUAAAACUUGGUGGUAUGCAUGUUAGCUCAUUCUUGAAAGGAAAUGAUAAAGUGACCGAGUAUCAAAGGUUUUCUAUUUGAUGGCUCCACAUCGUAAACAUUUGGUCAAAAAUGUGAAUGAAAAUGCACGUGGGUGCCCACUGUUUACUUCCUACUGUCCUUUUUCUGCUGUUUCUGGAGGGAGGCAGCAAAGGAGACUGUUCUGGCUGUGAGUUAAGCUGGGAUGGUACAGCCAGUGAAUGGAAGUUGAAGUCAUUUUCGUUCCUGUUCCUCUGCCUAGGUAGGAUUAUUGCCUUUGGGUCCAACUGCAUUGUCCAACAAUCAAUCUCUGUUUCCUAGACUUUGCCAAUGUUUUGCUGCCUCUCAAUAAACAACUAUUUAUACAAACGGCUUUGGUAUCAUCAUUUGCAUACCCAAUUUUGAUGCACACAUACAAAAUGUAAAUUUUAGGCUGAUAUUCUGCAUAGAGACUUUUGCCCAGGAUAGGGAGGGUGGAUGCUUAUCAAAGUAUGGUUUAAAAAAAAAAAAGGCAAGCUGGUGUCCUGAGUACAAAAUGUUUCAAGGAACAAGCAGGAAAAGAACGAGUGGGAUUGUUAGUUAAGAAUCCCAUCUCUCUGAUUUUAGGAGGUUAUAUUCCCAAGAUAAUAUGUAAAGGUCUCCAUCUUUACACUCCAUCUUUACACUCCAUCUUUACACUUUACAUCUCCCUUACAGAUUCUGCGGAAUUCCAAGCUCUUCUGCAUGGAACGGGCGCUCCGUGUUUCAAUUCUAUGCAUAGUUAGUUAAAAAUAAGUCUGAUUCCAGGACCAGCUGCUUCUAAGUAAACAUACUUGGGAUUACAGCUGAAUUUGAGGCUGCAGUCCUUUUCCUGCUUGUCUGGGAAUAAAUUCUACUGAACCUAAAGCCGCUUCCUUCUGAGUAAACGUGCCUAGGAUCACGUUGUAAAUCACUCUGUUCAGUGGAGCGAAGUCGCCAGCAGAUAUGGCCAGGAUCAAGAGUUCUCUAUGUCAGGAGGCAAAAAAGAGAAGGUACUCUGAAAUAUUUCUCGGUGUAGUUGAAAUUACUCAUUUAGCAAUUGUGCAACUGGAAAGUUUUCAGAGUGCUGUAAAAUACUCUGCAAUGUUAUUUACUUUCACUAGUAUUAUUUCCUUUUAGAUUUUUUUUUCCAGUGACCUUUUAAUGGCAUUUUGUGUAUGUCUACUUGUCCUAAACCCUAAUCCUGAAACUGUUAUUUUUACAGGCUCCUCUUAAUCCAAUGGGUUCUCCUUUCCAGAGAAAGUUGUGAUUUGAUCCCAACUCCUUUUAGAAGUGCUUAGAACAUCUGCAUUAGAAUCUGAGGGAAGUUUCAUAUACAGUUUAUAUUAUGGCUUCCAUCUGCUGGCGCAGGUCUGUGUCUGCAUGUGCGCAUAUAAACCCAUGUUAAAACAACAACAUUGAAUUUCGGAAAUGGCUAUUUGAAUCAAGGCUAGAGGGAUGAAGAGUAGGAUGCUACGAAUCAUAAACUUACCCAUAACCUUUGUUUUUUUUCCUUUCUAAAGGAUGUUAGAUGCUUUGGCUGGGAUAGUAGCAUCAAUAAAGUAAACCACUGCAGUAAAAUUUAAAAUUAUUAAUAUUGCAGCUGGAGGCUGAAGGUGAACAUUAGCCUAUUCAUUUCCCAAUAUAUUCUAACUUCUGUAUUGUCCAACUCAGCACCACGCAAUCAAUCAGUUCUCAUGGCUGAGGUUAAAAGUCGACUUGCUGCACCUAGUCAAGUCGCAUGUCAGACCCUCCUUCCGUUUCUUCAGGGCAAAAUCAGGCUAGAAAAAAUAGUGGUGACUUCAUUUCAGUAAAUCAUUUCAAUUCCAAAUCAUUCUUCUCCCCCCCCCACACACACAAUUUACCCUCUCGAGUUUUGCAGAGGAUGUGCAUGUUUCUAAAUUUUUAUUAAAGAGAAGGCAAAGUUUUGAAUGACAUACAUUUUUGGAUCAAAAACAUGCCAAGGUCAGAAAUCUUUUAUCUGCACAUUUGGGCUAUUUAAAUCUUGAAGAACUCUGCUGAGGCAAAAAAAGCAUAGAAUUUAAUUUGAGUGAAAUUGCUCCUCCCUUGCUGCUUUAUUUUUUUAUUUUCCACUUUUUUUUUAUAUCUUCAUCUUUCUAAGGAAGGUUACCUUGGACAAGAAACCACAUUCCAGCAGAAGAAGUUCAAAUCUGGGCCGAAAUGAAGUGCUUGUGUCCUUUGACUGAAGUUGUCCACUCAGGCUAUAAUAGAGACCAUUCUUGCUUGUUUGUGACCUAAGGCUGUGUUGAGGCCAUAUUAAGAAACGAUGAACCCCAGAAUGGCCAAUGGCCUUUUGUACUCAGGCCUUUUUUUUUUUUUGCAAGGGCACCCAAUCUAAGGCUUCAGAUCCAUAUUGCUUUCUAAAUUUAGACGCAGCCCAUAGAGUCUCUGCUAAAUUUCUCCCAAGUUGUAAUUGUUAAUGAGACCCAAAGGGAAACUUAGUAUAUGCAUGGGAAGUAAUCAUGGGAAGUAAAUGUACUUAAUGUAAUGUUAAUGACACUUCAAUUGCAUUUGGGUUUCUGUCCUGGCUCCUUCCACUUUUGGCAAUGCAGGUCUGGAGCAGGCCCUUACCCCCCACCCCCCACCAAGCAG